UGGAGCGGCGCUUCCGGCGGGCGCGGAGCGAGGGACGGCCCGGCCGGAGCCGCGUGUGAGCAGCGCCGAGGCUGUGGGAGCCCGGCCCCGGCCCCCGCCCGGCGCCCUCCGCCCGCAGGAUGUUCAAGAAAUUUGAUGAAAAGGAGAAUGUAUCGAACUGUAUCCAGCUGAAGACUUCAGUUAUUAAAGGUAUCAAGAAUCAACUGAUAGACCAGUUUCCUGUUAUUGAACCAUGGCUAAACCAAAUCAUGCCAAAGAAAGACCCGGUCAAAAUAGUAAGAUGUCAUGAACAUAUAGAAAUCCUCACUGUGAAUGGGGAGUUGCUGUUCUUCAGGCAAAGAGAAGGGAUUUUUUACCCCACACUAAGGUUGCUUCACAAAUACCCGUUUAUUCUGCCACAUCAGCAGGUUGAUAAAGGAGCCAUUAAAUUUGUCCUAAGUGGAGCCAAUAUAAUGUGCCCUGGCCUGACAUCUCCUGGAGCAAAGCUUUACCCUGCUGCUGUCGACACUGUCGUUGCAAUAAUGGCAGAGGGAAAACAACAUGCAUUAUGUGUGGGAGUAAUGAAGAUGUCAGCUGAGGACAUUGAGAAGGUCAACAAAGGGAUUGGUAUUGAAAAUAUCCACUAUUUAAAUGAUGGCCUUUGGCAUAUGAAGACAUACAAAUGAAACAAAAGGAACUGUUACUCCAAAGGAAUGCACUUAGAUUAAAUGUGGACUGCUUUGUAAUUCCUUGUUUUUAAUGUGACUGAAUGUACAAAUUAUUUUGUUCUGUGGCUAUGCUAAAUAAAUCACGUGAAUGCAAAAGUACUGUUAGGCUACAA